AUGAUGAGGGCUAUGUACAAAUUUGUGAAGGAUCUUGCCUUGCUUGGAUCCGGUUCAGCUCUGCUCCAGGCUGCAGCCUCUCUUCCUUUCCCUCUCCAAGACAGCCAAACCCACGCGGCGGGCACCCGGCGAAGAUAUCCCGACAACCAACUACCUCCUUCCUCCCAGCCGCCUUUGAGUGGAGAGAUAGCUUAUGUUGGGGGUCGGUUUGGGGAUGGGCAGUCAGAGGCUUGUAUCAACACUAGAAUAGUCCAAAGUCCCUCAGAAGACAGAGCAGAGCAACAACUGGAGUCGCAUGGAGAAAGACUGAAGGAGGUGGCUAAGAUGGUUUACUCUGCCUUAGCCCCCAGAAUCCUGCUGCUGGGACUGGUGGUUAUCUCUGUUGCACAAGCAGAAGUGACUGAGAACAAGACCCGGAUAUGCCAGCCCGCGCCGCUAUGGAAGAUCAAUGGGACUGCCCCAAUGGCUGGGAUGGAGGGUCAAGUGACAGUGGUGGCCUUGCUGAAAGCCAGCUGACAGUUCUGCCUCAAGCAGGCUGCCAACAUUGGUGGCUUGCAGAAGAAGCUGUCCAACGGAGGGGUGUCCAAUGUCAGCUUCCUGAUUGUGAAUGAGAAGACCCCUUUAUCCAGGGCUAUGUACUGGGAGCUUAAAAGAAACGCCCCUCAAGGAAUUCCUGUUUACCAGCAGCAGAUUCUGGAACCUGAUGUAUGGCAAAUUCUAGAUGGGGACAAGGAUGACUUCCUGAUUUAUGACAGGUGCAGCAGGCUCACUUUCCACAUCCAGUUGCCAUACAGUUUUCUGCAUUUACCAUAUGUUGAAGCAGCUGUGCGUUAUACACACCGGAAAGACUACUGUGGCAAUUGUACCCAGUACUAUUCUGAGAGCAGCCAGGAGGCGAAUAGCACAGUAAGUGCUCAAACGAUGACAACAACUGAAGCUCCACUGGACAUAGAGAAAAGCCUUCCCAAGCACAAGCAUGAAGAAAAGAGCAAGGGGAACAUAACACUCAUUAUAUAGUCCGCCAAUAUUCACAGCAUGGAGAACCUAGCAGAUAAGAUUGUUUUUUAAAUUUGCUCAGUACAGACCAUCCAUUUCACCUCUCUCAGAGCUACUCGAAGAAGCUCCAUGCAGGUGAAACCUAGU